GGGAAAUAACCCUUUCAGUUUACAUAUAUUGGAAUAAUAAUAUAAAUUACACCAGUUCAACUUUCUCAUGUAAACAAGGGCUCAGUCACUUGUUCUCUCAGCUCCUAUUUAUCUGUAUAGAGGGUCUAAACAGCACCUAUCACCCUUGUAUCAAACACAUGACAAAAACAAACAACACAAAAUCUCAGAACAAAAUGUUGAUUUGCUCAUUGUUCUGCUGGGACUGAGAAGUGUGGGUGUGGCUGUGUGCAGCUCCUAGGGGGUCUGUUGUGGUGGUGUGUGUUUGUGCAAUUUUUCUUUUUUUAAUUGUGAGCAGCCAGGCUGGGAGCAGGCGUGGGUAAAUUUGUGAUCAAAGUACUUGAAGACUUAGGUACAGUCUGAUUAUUUUCUGAUAGGGACAAUACUCUGUUCCCAGAGCCUGAUAACUAGAAUCUGGAUCUGUCCCACUGUGACAUCCCAGUUGGAGCAGAGUGCUCUUGGGGGAUCAUGGAAGUUAAAUUACUCUUUGUGGCAGGGAGCCGAACAAAGGGAGAAAGAUUUAUGAAAGGAUUAAGGCCGUGGGAGGAGCCUUGUAGCCUUGAAGCCAUUUGGCAAGCGGAAGGGUGCAGAGCUUGGCAGGCUGCAUCAUUACUUCCUGUGCAGCUAGCGUAAAAAGGCAGAGCCUGCACAGUGUUUGAUCAGGCAGGUGACAGUGGCAGGCAGAGGAUCAGUGGGACUAAGUGAGAAGUGUAGUGAUGGCACUGCAGCCAGCACAUGAAGGCAAGGAGGCAAAAAAGGACCCACAGUCUGGUGCAGGCUCCUCCAUGCAGCUCUUCACCUGGGAGGACAUUGGACUCUGCACAGGCCAGGGACACCCACAGCAGAAGCAGUGGCUGGUGAUUGACAGGAAGGUCUAUGACGUCAGACAGUUCUACCAGCAGCACCCGGGGGGCGCUCAGAUCAUCAGUCACUACACAGGACAGGAUGCCACGGAUGCCUUUACAGCAUUCCAUGCCAAUAACGCACUGGUGAGAAAGUACAUGAGCUCAUUGCUGAUUGGGGAGCUGGCACAAGAUCAAACCAGCAUGGAGCCGAGCAAAAAUAAACUGCUGGUAGAGGAUUUCCGUGAGCUACGUGCCACCAUCGAGAGGAUGGGACUUCUGAACCCCAACGGCCUCUUCUUCUUCCUGAUUUUCCUGCAAAUUCUGCUGCUAGAGGCUGCCAGCUGGAUCACUCUCUGGUACUUUGGGACCUCCCUACUACCUUUCCUCAUCUCUGCGGUGCUGCUGACAACCUCCCUGACCCAAGCUGGGUAUCUGCAACAUGAUUUGGGACACCUCUCAGUAUUCAGAAAGCCCAAAUGGAACCAAGUGGUUCAUAUGUUUGUGAUAGGCCAACUGAUGGGCCUGUCUGCUAGGUGGUGGAAACUCACACACGACCAGCAUCAUGCUAAACCCAACUGCAUCUGCAAGGAUCCUGAUCUCAGUAUGCACUCUACCUUGUUUACUUUAGGGAAGGUGCCCUCUGUGGAGCUUGGGAUGAAGAAGAAGAAGUUCAUGCCUUACAACCACCAGCACAAGUACUUCUUUGUCACAAUUCUCCCGUUCGCGCUUCCUGUCUACUUUCAAUACUUUGCAUUCCACAAGACAAUCCAGAGAAAAGACUGGGUGGACCUGGCCUGGAUGGUGAGCUUCUACAUCCGAUUCUUUCUCACUUAUGAGCCCUUACUGGGGGUGAAGAGUCUCCUGGGGUUCUAUCUGCUGCUCAGGGUCCUGGAGAGUUUCUGGUUUAUCUUGCUGUUUUUCAUGAGCCACAUCCCAAUGAACAUUGAUUAUGAUAAGAAGCUGGACUGGUUCUCUACCCAGCUCCAGGCAACAUGCAAUGUGGAUCAGUCCUUGUUCAAUGAUUGGUUCACUGGGCAUCAGAACUUCCAAAUUGAGCAUCACCUUUUCCCCACAAUGCCUCGAUACAAUUGCUGGAAGGUGGCCCCCUUGGUGAAGUCCCUGUGUGCCAAGCACAGCAUUGAGUACCAGUGCAAGCCACUCCUCACUGCCUUUGCAGAUAUUGUGCACUCUCUGAAGGAUUCUGGAGAGCUCUGGCUUGAUGCCUAUCUGCAUAAAUAAGCAGCAGCAGCACCUUGUGACAUUCCAAUUACAGAAACUGCCACAAAACCAACAAACAAACAAAAAUUAUGAAGCCCCUGAAGGCUAGCAGAUUUGGGGAAAUGAGAAAGCCUGGCUAGCAGGAGAUGACGAUUGCUGGAAAAGUUUGAUUCCUGGAAUGAAGUUUAUUUUUUAAAAACCCAUUGAUUUUCCUUCACAUGCUUUACCCUUUGCUUCUCUCUGGGGCUCCGAAAUGGGGAUGGUCAUCCUGUUCUGUGUUUGUACAGCACCUAGCACAAUGGAGUCCUGGGCCAUGACUAGGUCUCCUAGCACCACUCUAAUAUAAGUAAUGCAUUAAAAUAAAGACAGUAAGUCUUUGCAACAAGGAUGUGGGGUUCAGGCCCCCCGAAAGAAAAGGGGCUUUAGGAGUGGGAACAGCAGCCACUCUGUUUUAUUUUAUCCUCACUAUCACUGCCUUGAAAUAUUGUCCUAAUUCUGUCUGUGCUCUUUUCUAUUUUAGAUUGUAAUCUCUUUUGGGUAAAGUAUGGGUCUUCCUGCUUGUAAACAUGAUGAAUAAAUCUAGAUAAACAUUUUCACUCUGUCUGUGUGGGACCUCGUUCAGCUCCAUCCUGCCAAAGGAGUUGCAUCGACUGUAAUUGACAUGAUUCAGCACACCCACACUUUACACUAGUGCCCGUUUUCAGUGAGCUUGUGUUUUACCCUGACUUAACACUAUCGCUUUGCUCAACUGAGUCCGCAGCAAUGCCUUCUGAGUAUAUAUGUCCUAGAGUACCCAGUGCUGCUCAAGACACAGAGCAGUAUGGGUAACUUUGAACAGUCUUCCAGACAGCUCAUUGCUACCUAAAGGGAUUGGAGGAGGAAAGAGUUUUGCUCUCACAGCAGUAGAAUCCUAUGUGGGGAAGAUUUUCAUUACCAAGUUCCAUCUUGUAGAAUGGACGCAUCUUCUGCCCACUCCUAGAUUUACUGCUGUAUAUGACCUACUAGAAAGUGUCCUUCAGACCUUUAUUAUUUUCCUGGCAUCGAUAUCUAAGUUGGUGAAAGUCCAGUUGUGCAGGUUACUGGGAAAUGCCAUCCUACACCUGCUGGUUCUUCCAUAGCUGCUGAAGCUCUGUAGUACCUGGCCAGAUGGCAGCUUGUUCACAUAAAUGUGCCAUUGUUCAGAGCAGAUCAGUCACCAGCAGAAAUCAGUCACUAUGGAAGCAGCUUAUAACUGGGGCCCAUGUGUGCACUGGGUCAUCCCUACAGCUAGGCAAUGGUCUCACUACUGUCACUCAGAAGUAGUAAUAGACUCAAUAGUAUUCAUCACCAUACACAUUUUGACAGGUUUCCACACCCCUUUUAGGGCUUAUGUCCCAUCUUCCCACCCCCCGUUUCCAUUGGCGCGAAAGUGUGGCGCCGUCAGCCAUUUUGAAAAAGUAUGUGUGUAUGUGUUUGAGUAGGGGAAGUGUUGUGUAUGUUUGUGCUUGUGUACAUGGAGAGAAAAAGGUUGAAAAAAGAGUGUGAGAGAGUGUAAAGAGGAAAAAAGAGAGUUUGAGUAAGGUUUAGAGGAAUAAAAGGAAAUUUGAAAGAAGAGAGGUAAGUUAUUGAAGAAGAGAGGCUGAUUAUGAAAGAAUAGAAAGAUUUUUGUUUUUAAAGGGUUAGUUAGUUUGAAAGAAGAGAGAUUUUUAGUGAGUUUGAGUAAGGAGAGAUGAUGGUAAAGAAUAGAAAAUGUUGAGAUAAAUGUAAAAAGUGCAUUAAAUAUCAGGGUGGGUUAAGAAAAAAGUUAAAUAAUAUUGAAAACUAGGUUUAUAAAGGGAAUUUACUAAGGCAAAACCUGUUUGGUAAGCACAGGAUAAAAAAGCAUUGAAACUAUUCAAUACCAAUGUAGGUUAAGAAAAAAGCCUUUAAAAACAUUAAAAACUAGGUUAAAAAAAGGAAUUUACUAUGGCAGAGCCUGUUUGGUAAGCACAGGGUAAAAAAGUGAAUAAAAAAGCAUUGAAACUAUUCAAUACCAGUGUAGAUUAAAAAAAAAAGAGCCCCCUUUGCAAAGGGCAAAGAUAGACAGCACAUGGUGGAAUCAAAAAGAGAGAGAGAGAGAGAGAAAAUGACGUUGGCCCCAAAGUGUGGCGCCGAUGGCCAUUUUGAAAAAAUGUGUGUGUGUAUGUGUUUGACUAGGGGAAGUAUUGUGUAUGUUUGUGCUUGGGUACAUGGAGAGAAAAAGGUUGAAAAAAGAGAGCGUGAGAGAGUGUUAAGAGGAAAAAAGAAAGUUUGAGUAAGGUUUAGAGGAAAAAAAGGAAAUUUGAAAGAAGAAGGUAAGUUAUUGAAGAAAAGAGGCUGAUUAUGAAAGAAUAGAAGGAUAGAACUUAAAAAAAAAGGAAAUAUUUGUUUUUGAAGGGCUAGUUUAAGAAAAAAGUGAAAUAACAUUGAAAACUAGGUUGAAAAAGGGAAAGGCAAAACCUGUUUGGGAGGCCCAGGGUAAAAAAGGUGAAUAAAAAGGCAUUUAAACUAUUGAAUACCAAUAUAGGUUAAAAAAAAGCAUUAAAAACAUUAAAAACUAGGUUUAAAAGGGGAAUUUACUAAAGUAAAACCUGUUUAGUAAGCACAUGGCCAAAAACUAUAAAGGGGUACUAAGAAAAAAAAGCAUUUAAAAUGAUUAAAAACUAGGUUUAAAAAGAGAAUUUACUAAGGCAGAGCCUGUUUGGUAAGCACAUGGUAAAAAAGUGAAUAAAAAAGCACUGAAACUAUUCAAUACCAGUGUAGAUUAAGAAAAAAAGAGAGAUUAAAAGAAAGAACAGCAAAGAGUCCUGUGGCACCUUAUAGACUAACAGACGUUUUGGAGCAUAAGAUGGCACCUUAGUCUAUAAGGUGCCACAGGACUCUUUGCUGCUUUUACAGAUCCAGACUAACACGGCUACCACUCUGAUAAAAGAAAGAACAGGACAAGAAAAAAGAGCAAAGAUAGAGAGCACAUGGUGGAAUCAAAAUGAGACAGAGAGAAGCAGGCAGAGCCUGUUUAGUAAGCACAGGGUAAAAAGGUGAAUAGAAAAGCAUUUAGAAUCAGGGUAGGUUAAAAAAAAGAACAAGACAAGAAAAAGGGAAAAGAGAGCCUCUUUUGCAAAGGGCAAAGAUAGACAGUACAUGGUUGAGUCAAAGGGAGAGGGAGAGAGAGAGAAUGAG